CGUGAAUGAGAGUUGUCUCUGAUUACCUAUGCAGGGCUACAUUGUCCUGGCUGGUGGGCUUGGAAGCUCCCGUUACGUUCAAGGAAAGAUCGAAGAAUUUAUUCAAGAAUCGCUGUUUAAACCUGCAGAGAAACCCAAACUCGUCAUGUCAGCUGCUCCUCGACUUGCUGUUUGCAUGGGCCUGGUCCACAAUGCGGGCCGUAACCCAGAGCUCUUCCCACGACGCUUUAACCGAGUCUCAAUAGGCGUGGCGUCACAGUCAUUGACAGGUGUGAUCAUCAAGAGUCGCUUCCGCAGUUUCAUGAAGCGAGCAUUUCUGCGCGCCCCCAAGGGCCAGAAGCCUGGGGGAGAAGUGGAAUGUGUUCUCGUCAAGGGGGAACUUGUUCCUGACCGAGUCGCCGUUCAUGAACAGACGGCAUACUUCAGUGCGGAUCUGCCACCCGACAAGCGGAUCUGGGAGCUGGCAAUUCUCUACAGCUUCGAGAGCGACAUCGACCAGUUGACUCUUGGAGAUACAUGCCGCGUCCAUUCAGUCCUCAGAGUGAAUUUGUCGCAUGUUGGCGUACCCGAGAAGACUGGGACAGGAGACGCCCUGUCAAGACUCCGUCUGGCUUCGAAGCCCAAAGUUUCGAUCAAGUUUGACCUUCGGAUAGAGGUCGGACUAGCCACAGUCGAACUUUAUUGCACUGAUAAGAAGGGAUGGCUUUGCAGCGAACCCAUGAGUAUUGAGAUAGGCCAGGACUCUGAAAGCGUUGCAUCCACCGGCCAGAGUGCUGUUUAUGAAUUGAGCUAGAGACGAGGCCGUCUGUAGGACGUGAUGAGUCAACACACACCGUUGGAUUCCAUUUGGGGUAAAUGUCACGGCCCGACUCAUCAUUCGUUGCUUAUUCUUCAUCGAAUAUAUUUUGGUGGAAGGUAUGUAGCUGGGCACAAUAUGAAAAUGGAUUUAGCUGCCCUUGUAUUCUGGACCAUGCGAGCCUCUUCGACGUGAAGUCCAUCGCUGGGGCACAUCUAUCAUCACUAUGGUAGGAAUUUCUUACAGAGGCGAAGAUAGUAUGUAGGACUGCAUCCCAGU